AUGAGGAGGCAAAUGCAGCAAUGCCGCCACGGUCUCCAUCUUGCCAUUAAGCAAGGCAGCAAAGAAUGGAUACUUCCCAUCCCCUCCGUAUACGGAGAUGCCAGGAUUUUCCGCGAGCCACACAAGCAUCAGUCUGGAAAGCCCUUUGGACGCGAGAAGGUAUAGCAUAUCCGGUGCCGUAUAACGCGGCCAAGAGCUGUACAACGCGUCUUUGGUGG